GGGGAGGAGAAAGAAAGGUUUUCUUCUGAAUGAGAAGCUCUCCCUUGCGGGGAGCAGGGCAGUGAGGCCAGGCGGGGGACGGAGAAGGGGGUGUGCUGAAAGGGGCAGCGUCCUAGUGGAGGGGCGGCGGGGGCUGGGUCCCCUGAGCCUCCUCUAAGGAGACAAAGCCAGUCCCAGGUGGAGGCUUUCUGGGGUCCAGCCCCACCUGUGCCUGUGUUGGAGAGGAGGACGGAAGAGGAGGAGGGACCCCAGCCCUGCCCUGUCCUGGGGGCCCCCUGUCCAACAGGAGAACUCCUGGCAGUUCCCGUGACCUCCUGGAAGAAGGAGACACCGCGCCGUGCAAAAUGCCACGAGUGAGGCGUGCUCGGGAGCCAUGGAUGCCGCCCUGCUCCUGAACGUGGAAGGGGUCAAGAAAACCAUUCUGCAUGGAGGCACAGGGGAGCUCCCAGACUUCAUCACGGGGUCCCGGGUGAUCUUUCACUUCCGCACCACGAAAUGCAACGAGGAGCGGACGGUGAUAGAUGACAGCAAGCGCGUGGGCCACCCCAUGCACAUUAUCAUCGGGAACAUGUUCAAGCUGGAGGUCUGGGAAGUGCUGCUGACGUCCAUGCGUGUCGGCGAGGUGGCCGAGUUCUGGUGUGACUCCAUCCACACAGGGGUCUACCCCAUCCUGUCCCGGAGCCUGCGGCAGGUGGCGGAGGGCAAGGACCCCACAGAGUGGCACGUGCACACGUGUGGGCUGGCCAACAUGUUCGCCUACCACACGCUGGGCUACGAGGACCUGGACGAGCUGCAGAAGGAGCCGCAGCCUCUGAUCUUCGUGAUAGAGCUGCUGCAGGUCGAGGCCCCGAGCGAGUACCAGAGGGAGACGUGGAGCCUGAACAACGAGGAGAAGAUGCAGGCCGUGCCCGUCCUCCACGGAGAAGGGAACCGGCUCUUCAAGCUGGGCCGCUACGACGAAGCCUCUCGCAAGUACCAGGAGGCCAUCGUCUGCCUGAGGAACCUGCAGACCAAGGAGAAGCCCUGGGAGACAGCCAUCAGGUGCCCAGGCCUGUCUCCGCCCUCCGGCCUCCCCCCUGCCAGCACCCUUGUGAAUGCACUGGCCUGCUGGACCAUCCAGCGCAGUGUCCCCACUCAGCGCCCUUAG